AUGGCGGCCUGCGUGGGGGUCCUUCCGCCACCUGCCCAGGGAGCGCCGCCGCCUACGUCCUCCCUGGUGAGCGACACACACCGCUAUGCCUGCAAGUCCUACGCCAACAAGCUCCUGCAGAACCUGUGUGCGCUAUGGCAUUCCCAGCACUUCUGUGAUGUCGAGAUAUCUGCCGGGGGAUUUGUGGUGAAGGCUCAUCGGGCAGUGCUCUCGGCAGGAAGCGCAUAUUUUCAAGCCAUGUUCACCGGUGGCUUGGCGGAGGAGACCCAGACCUUAGUGGAGAUUAAGUCCAUCGCCCACAGCAUCAUGUCUCAGCUUAUCAACUUUAUCUAUACCGGAGACAUUGAGAUUACAGUGGAGAACGCACAGGAGUUGGUGGUGGCGGCGGACAUGCUAGAAAUCCACCAUGUUGUCCACGUGGGUACCAACUUUCUCACCAAGGAGCUCCACCCCACUAAUGCCCUGGGGAUCUACAGGUUUGCUGAUGCGCAUCACCUGGUGGAGCUCCUGGAGGCGGCGAGGGACUACAUCUUUGCAAACUUCUCGGAGGUGGUGAUGGAGGACGAGUUUCUGGAGAUCCCGAGAGACGUCUUGGUUCACAUCCUUCAGUCAGAGUACCUUAGGAUUGACUCAGAGUUCCAGGUGUUCUCGGCGGCCAUGCGUUGGAUCGGGCAGGACAUCACCAUGCGGCGACGUUACGUGUUUGACAUCUUGAACCAGGUGCGUCUGCCACUCAUCCCCAGCAAGCUGCUCGAGAAGUCCAUCAGCGACUGCAGUGACAUCAGCCUGAAGGUGGCGCUGCGCAGCAUACAAAAGGACCUGGCCAGCAAGCGAGGGAGUCUGGUGCCGCUGUAUGUCCAACCAAGAAUCUGCGCCCGGAAGAAGAUUUAUGUCAUUGGCGGGUCAAAGCGGGAGUUGAUAAGCUCGUGGACACGGUCAGAGUGCACCUUUGAGAGCGUGGAGUGCUUUGACACAUACCGGAAGGAGUGGCAGAAGGUGUGCCCCAUGGAGAUCGGCCGCAUCCUGCCCGGCAUCUCGGUGCUCAACGGCCGGAUCUAUGUGGUGGGCGGGGAGCAGGAGUCGCAGAUCCUGGCCAACGGGGAAGUGUACGACCCGCAGGAGGGUUGGACCAACAUUGCCUCCAUGGUCAUUCCCCGCUGCGAGUUCGGCCUCUGUGCACACGAGGGGUCACUCUACGCCUUUGGGGGAUGGGUGGGGGAGGACAUUGGUGGCUCCAUAGAGAAGUACGACCCCGUGGCUGACGAGUGGAGGCUGGAAUCAGACAUGCCCGAGGCACGGUUCAGCAUGGGUGUGGUGCAACAUCAGGGGCUCAUCUACAUAGUGGGGGGCUGCACACACAGUCAGCGCCACCUCCAUGACCUACUCUGCUACAACCCAGUGACGGGAGAGUGGCAGAAUUUAGCCCCCAUGCUGACGCCACGCAGCCAGAUGGGUGUGGCGGUGCUGGAUGGCUUCCUCUAUGUGGUGGGCGGCACAAACAGACACACGGCGCUGACCUCGGUGGAAAGAUACUCGUUUGAACAGAACAAGUGGUUUGAGUGCCCACCCAUGUCUGUGGGGCGCGCCAGUCCAGCUGUGGCAGCAACAAACUCGCUGCUGUAUGUCAUUGGCGGAGACCAGACCAGUGAGGUGAACGACUUCUACCGCGCACAGGUGACCAUCGCACACGUGGAGUACUUUGACCCCCACACUAACCGCUGGCUGGACUGCACCUCCCUACCAGAGAGUCGGUCUGAGGCAGGGGCAGUAGUGAUCUGACCUCCCCCACCAGCCCUGCGCCGGCCCCAGCCCACCCGCAGAGGCCACCGCCCCCGUGACAGGGAGCAGCAGGGCCCAGAGUGUCUCGUGGUGAGAAAGAGAAGCAUAAGUCGCCAGGCACACAGCCCACGCCAGCCUGCCUAGCACCACCCUCCCUCCAGCCCCACCCACACACUGGUGCUGACCAUGCCCCACACAGCUCCCCCGAUCCACCAGCAUCACAGUAGUGCGUUUGUUAGCUCAGAGGAACCUGCCUCCACACCACCCAGUCCCAAGGUGAAAUUCUUGAAAGGUCUCCUAAACAGGUCCGGCCUUCCCUGGCGAGGCUCACAGUCCUGCUGUGAUGUCAUCAAGGGGUUUCUCAGCAGGCACGACCUACUCAAGAUUUUCUAGUUCUACAGGAUCAGGGUUCACUUGGAGGUAGACAUGAUGGCUGGUCAUAACAGUCGUCAGUCACUGGUGGAAGCUCAAUGGUGUUUUCUGGGUAGCUCUGACCUUCACUCACUGCUUAGGUCAAUCUGUAGGGGAGUCUGAGUCAAUGUGACAUUCACUUUGAUACUCUGUGGUGCCAGAACCCAGUCUGGUGCACUUCUGACUGGUGGUUAGUGUGAUGCUGGCCAGCAGUGUGUGGCCAGCAGUGUGGUGGCUGUGAGGGAGGGACGCUGUGUAAUUGUGAAUGUGUGGCUGUCUCCAUCAUUGGUGUCUCUGCAGAACAGGAAUCUCAUAGUAUAUUGCUUCUCAAAACUGAAACCAAAGAAUUCCUUGAAAGACCCUCCAUGCACAUUUUGCUACUUUUAUUGAGGCUUUUUGGCAUGAUUUUUAAUUAGCUUCACAAAAAACUGAAAAUUAUUGAAGCUUCACUGUCAUAUCAAACCGAGGGAGUCAAAGGAGGGAGGGAUGCACCACACAGCAGGGACAGCCUGGGCACACUGAACAGUGCAGCCUUGCAUUGAUCAGCUAUCCAGGUGCCAGCAGCAGCAGCAGCAGCAGCAUUAUUGUUUACAAUUUACCAUUUUUUGCAGUACUAUUCAUGUUAUUAAAUCACCAUCUAAUAUCCAUUGCAUUAGUCUGGUGCAUCAGUACUUUGCACACCAACAUGAAGGAAUGUGUGGAUGUUUGCUCCACACCACCGCUGUGGUGAGUGUGUGCAGGUCACAGUGCUGGAGUGGUGGGUGGCGCCACACCAUGCCCAGGAUGGCCACUGUGGCCUCCAGAGCCACAGCCACACUGUGCACCCCAGGAAUACUGGACACAUUCAUGGCCCACACCUGGCCCUCGGCUCCACUGCCAGGAACGGUGGUGUGGCAGCCAUGGCCCACUGGUGCCGCCUGGAGUGUAUCCAGUGCAGUGGGAGUGUUGGGGCCACACAGACAUGAGGGGUGGGGAGGGAGGGGUGGGUCCUUGGGGAAGGUAGGUAGUCCAGCUUGCAUUGCUUGGUUGCGGCCUAGUAGUGACGGUGGUUAGGUGGUAGUGUAGUGCCAGCAGUCUUAGUUGAGGUGGAUCAAUUUUUAGCUUAAUGCCAAAGGGUCUUUUGUAUGAUAUUAAGAGGGUGCGCUGCACCUCAUCUGACUUUUCUUGGUGUUUGUGAAUGCCCAGCCUUAACUCAGUCCUGUUAAGGAAUAGUAAUAUCUUUGUAUCAUUUCUAUAUUUCAAAUUUGAAAUGCAAGUUUCUCAAGCACUUGUAUAUACAAGUGUCCGUCAUCGGGAGGCCGGACGGUGGCCGUGCCGGGACACCACCAGUGGCCCUCCCACAUUACCCGCCUGCUUCCCGAGGGAGCAGCACUGCGGGUGGAGGGUGCCACUACCAGUGUGUAAAAAACAUCCUCCCUUGGAGGUGCCAGAGUACCUAGUGGUGCUGAGGCGUCCCAGUGUCACUGCCAGCGUGGGGUGGCACUGGGGGCUGCACCACCCGCCGGCCUCCCUCUAGCUGUAGACACGUUAGGCUGUUGCUUUUUUCUGUGAGGAGUGAGUGGCGGUGGCGGCCGGUGAGUGGCCGCUGCGCCGAUCUGCUUGUCAUUGCCUUACACAGAGUAUCCUGUGCUUUACCUGUACAUACGGAGCUUGGUCAGGGCGUUGUGGGUGGCCAUUCUUCACACUCUUGUCUGUGGCAGUGACUGGUUGUGCUGAGUGUGUGGAGGUGACAGGUUGUGGGUGUGGGAGGGACGUUAUGUGAGAGUGUGUGAGAGAGAGUGUGUCCACGUAUCAUGGAAGAGUAAGAGUGUAAUGGAACGGUGAGUGUUUGGUUUGUGAUGGCGUUGGCAGUUGUGUUGGCUAAUGCUUGGUGUUGCCUGAAGGUUUCUGUUGCUUGUAUGUGAUGUUUGUGCAUUUUCUUAACAGUAUUUUACAUGCACACAGACAGACACAGACACAAUGACACACACAACGCAGCUUUCUGUCCAGGAUCUGUCUCACGAGUGCAUGAUGGCAACACACCCCACAGAGAAGCUGUAAGAUGAUUCACAAAAUUAUUAAAGACUCUCAAGAAACAUUGAAAAAAAAAAAAAAGACAUGAAUCCACUGUAAAUACUAACACUUGUCUGAACUGUGAAGUCACCAGGUUCAGCAUUGUAUUGGUUGAAUGAUCUCUCUCUUAGUUAUUUCACUGUAGAUAGAGCACUGGAGGGAUGUAGGGAAGUGUGUAGGUGUCAGAGGAGCAUGGUAGGGCAUUGUAGAGGGCACACAGGGAGUCAGUGUGUGGUAAGGGCUUGGGAGAGUGUGGGGUGGAGGGGGUAGGGAAGCAGAGCUGCUUGGUUUGGUCUCCACAGCAGCAGCAGCAGCAGGGGGUUCACACAGCACUGUGGAGGAGCUGAGUCUACCUGAAUGUCUAGCCUGAAUUCAUCCGUCGUAACCUUAAUCAAAUUGAGUCAGAGUUUCACCGUUGUUUUGUGGAGUGCCCCGCCGUGUGGAGACUCCAACCACGUCUUUGUUAAGUCCGUUUCAUUGGAGUUGUAUUCUAUUUCAAGUGUUUUAUAUGUAGCAUACAUGAACUAUAUAAUUAUUUUAUAUAUAUUAUAUCAUAUGAUACACCUAUACCAAAAACACAUAAUUUUAUAUAAGUACACGAACAGGGUGGCAGGCAAGGGGUGAGGGGCGGGUGGCAGGUGUGUGGUGCCUCCACCCUUGAUGCAGGCUGGGAAAGCCACUGCCCUGCAUUCCGCCCCUGCCUUGCCUGCUUCUGUGCACCGCUCCCUCAUUUGAUGACGAACCAUUCUGCUUUCAUCCUCAAAAGAUUACAUUGAUGCUUCAUUUCAUUCAACGAUAACUUCUAACUUGAAAAAAUAAAAAGUGUAAUCUCUUGACCAGCACCUUUGCUUUGAGUGUGAGCCAGCCAGUGUGUUCAGUGACAACCAGCUUGCAGCAACGAUGCUUCUGCUUCAGGCUCCUGCAGACUAGAGGGAACUAGACCUUUGGUUAGUCGUUGUAAUUUCUUGCAAUGGAUCUCGCUCAUCAAACGAGGGGAAGGUGUACAGUUAUAUUUUGUUUCCUAUAAGACUAUUGGUAUGAAUGAGCUUGGAUGUGAGUUAUAUUUAAAACCAUUAUUACAAAAUAUUUAUUUUUUAAUUGGUAGUUUGUAGAGCUGAAGCAAUUCAAGGUUUUUGUUUACCUCCUGUCCAGACUUAUCUGUCGUGUUUUAGUAUGUGAUACUCUGCCAUGCUUUACUGAGCAUUUCAUGAUGCAUUCCUUCAAGUGUCUGCUUGCCAGGUGUGUGUGUGUGUGUGCGUGUGUGUGUGUGUGCACUCCUGGGAUGCAACAGCUAUCGAGCAUUUCUGAUGUGUUCCUCGAGAGAGCAGCAAGCAGUGGUGUGUGCAGUGUCACAGGUCACUGCGCUGCCACAGCCUGCUGCGGCUGUCAUGGGGAAGCAGGACACAGCACAUGGCUGUGGGUUAGUGCGUGGUGUCCGGGGAGGUCCUGGUGUGCUGUGGCAGCCGGCCUGCCACACCUGCCUCUCCCACAGUGAGGUGUUGAGUCAAGGCUUGUCAUGCAUGUCCAGAAGUGUUUCACUUUAGUUUUCCUGCAUUGAGUCACUAUGUGGCAGUUUGCUUCCACAACAUUAUCUCAGAAUAUUGUACUCACCUCCAGGGCCGAAGGGUUGCUAGCAAGGCUUCACAGGUCCAGGCAGCUUGACAAGGUCUGACUGUCUGACCAUCUGUGGGAGUACUAGUAGUGUUUGGUGUAGGCUGAGUCACUGGAGUAGUGUGAAUGUUUGGUGAGGUUGUGUAGUACAUUCUUGUGAGUGGUGGUGUGUGUAGCUCAUGGCAAAGUGGAGAGCAGCAGCAGUCAGCUCCAUCCUGACUUGUGGGACAGAGCAAUGUGGCUUUUCAAUCCAAUACUCUUAAUUUGAUGUAGAAUCUCCCCUCAAAUUUGCUGAUAUGAUAUAAUUACCAGAACAUUAAAUUAAUGAAGGUACUAAAUUAUUGGAAGGAACAUAUUCACAUCAGCAAGUGCAUUCAUUGUACAUAGAGUUGAGCAGCAAGGUGACAGUAGCUCUAGCACAAAAUCUGUGAUGUCAUUGAAGGUUUAUGUUAUUGUUAGCAAGUCAGUAUUUCCCUGCAUUGCUGUAAUGGAAGAUAGGUUUUACUGUUCAAAUGUUAAUGUUGAGAAUCUACAAGUUCUGAAAGUUGAGGUGUUUGUGUGUUUUUAUCUGCACUGUUAGUUGUGGAGGUGGACUUUGUAUCUUGCUCAGUUCUCAAAUAAAAUGUAAAUGUUA